AUGAAAACCACUGAAGAAGUGGCUCUUCAGAUCCUUUUGUUUUGUCAGGUUGGGAUAGGGACUGUAGCUAAUAUUCUUCUGUUUGUCCAUAAUUUCUCUCCACUUUUGGCUGGAUGUCAGCUGAGGCCCACACAAGUGAUUUUCACUCACAUGGCUGUGGCCAACAUUUUGAUUCUCCUCAAAAUGUUUCAAAAUGUGUUUCCAAAUAAUGCGGUGGAAAGGAAUUCUCUGAAUGACCUCACAUGUAAACUUGGAUAUUCCCUUCUCCUGAUGGCGAGAAGCACAAAUUUGUGCUUCACCUGUGUCCUGUGCUGCUAUCAGUUUGUUACUCUUGUUCCUGGUAAUUUUGGUAAGCUGAUGCUCAGAAGAAGUCCCAAGGUCAUAAGCUAUUACUGCUGCAGUUGUUGGCUGUUUUCUGUCUUAUAUAAUGUCUACAUUCCAAUGAAAGUCAGUGGUCCACAGAACACACAUAAUGAAACUGACAUUAAAAGUAAGUGGGUCUGUUCUACCUCUGGUUUCAGUGUAGGCAUUGUCUUUUUACAGUUUUUCCAUGAUGCCAUAUUUAUCAGUGUCACGGUCUCGACCAGUGUCUUCAUGGUACAUGUCCUGUACAGACACCACCAGAGACUAAAGCACAUUCUUACUCCCCAUCAAGAACACAAAGGCUAUGCUGAGAUCAGAGCAGCCCAUAGUAUUGUGAUGCUUGUGGUCACAUUUGUAAGCUUUUAUCUUCUACAUUGUAUUUGCUUUAUCCUUCACACAUUUUUUGCAGACUCUUGUCUGUGGCUGAGGCAUGUAGGUGAAGUUUUAAUUUCAAGCUUCCCCGCUAUUUCUCCUUUACUGUUGAUCUUGAGGGAUCCUAAUUAUCCUUGUUCUUUUAUUUUCAGCUAUUGA